AUGCGGCUUAGACAUGGCGCCCGUGGUCAAGGUGCCCGUGGCUAUGGUGCCUAUGGACGAGGCACCCAUGAUACCUAUUCUACCCAAGCACAUCCCGCUCCCAUCUUAGAGGAUCUGAUUCUUGAGGUCCUGAUUCAGCCUCUUGUUAAGCCUGUUCCUCCUAUAGCGCCUAUUCCUCCAGUUCCUCCUGUUCCCCCAGUAGUUCCCCCAUCCAAACCUAUUGCUCUGGUUACAAAGGCUCCAGCUCCAUCAACCGCACUCGUGCCUCCGCCCGAGGCGAGUGUCGCUCCUGCUUUCCUGACAAAUCACCAACCUGCAGUUCCAGUUUCUGAGCAAAGCGAUUUGCCGCGCGCUAGUGCUAUUUUCAGAGAGUUUAAGUAG